UCAUGGGAUCCGCUUUCAGCAGAUGGCUCUGCAGGUGAGACUGACACCAUUUUCCCAGUGGCUGUGUUCAAAACCACCCAGAGGAACUGGUGAACCAAAAGAUGCUGGGCCUGGAGCGAGUGGAGGCAAGAGAGGAGGGAAGCAGGAUGACUUUGCCUGGUGGAAACGGAUGCAGAAGGGCGAGUUCCCCUGGGACGAUAAGGAUUUCUGCAGUCUGGUUGUUUUGGGGGCAGGUGUUGCCAUGGGAUUUUUCUACUUGUAUUUUCGAGAUCCUGGGAAAGAAAUCAUGUGGAAGCACUUCGUGCAGUAUUACCUGGCGAGAGGUCUGGUGCGGCCGUGAGGAGGGAGACAGGUGUCCUCCUGUCCAUGCAUUCUGGACAGAUUGCAGAGUUUCCUAGAGGUCUGACAUGGCUGACAUUGACAUACUCGUUCUAAAAGGCAGCCUGGAAGGGCGAAGUAAUCCCUGCCUAGCCUAUCUAACACAGCCUUGUGCUCAGCUCCUGUGGUGUGUAGUGGGGCAGCCUCUUGCCUGGCUAAGUUAGACCUGAAACCUGAUCCUGCUCACUUAGAGGAACUUUCAUGUAAGCUGGAAAAGGCUAGCGUGUGAAUAUGAGUGCUGUGUCCUCUCACAGCCCCUCCUGAGUUCUUCUGAGGAAAUCACCUAAUAAUAUCGUAGGAUAUCAUAGAAAUAAGUUAACU